CCAAUUAGCGGCGUCAGUAUAGUUUAUAAAAUAACUCGUUUCUUCUCAACUUCUCUUUUCUCAUUUUAGUUUUUCUGUUUAAACAAAUAACAGUACAAAAGUAUUACGCGGUAAUAGUAAAAAUGAAACUCUGUAUUUUUGCGGCUGUAUGUCUUGCGCUGGUCGUCCUUGCCGCUUCUAAUGAUGUACAUCUUGGUCAACGAAAACCAGGAGAUGUUCUUGUUGCUUCAAGACGACUUUUCAGACUGGGAGUCCCGGGGAAGCCAAUGGUAGCGCAGUCAGGAUUCAACGCCGAUGGCACAAUCACCGCCGUAAAUGCUGUCAAUGCGCCUGGAUCCAAUGCAAAUGUAACGAUCGUCAAAGGCGGACCCGGAGAGGACCGAGUUGUGGUGGCGGCAAUUAGCGAGCCUGGAGCAGGUCUCGACGUCCAGCUGGAUAUUUACGCUCUCCUAGCCACACCAGCUCCGCCACCGGCCUAAAUUACCCGCUCGCUGCGGUCUUAGACCCAUUUUACGUCAUUGGUCACCAUGGUUACCAUUUCUUCGGAACUUUAUGUCGAUCAUAAUCAAUAAAUACCACUUUUAAUUCCAA